AUGGUACAAUCCUUUCUGGCAAGGAUACCACUAAUUAUAUCGUUUCCAACAAUUAUUCUUUCAAGUAAUUUGAUUAUACCCACAUAUCAAGAUAUUUUAGAACAACAUCUAUCACAUAAUAAUCAUUCAAAUAAUUUGCAUAAUGAACAAGAUCAUUUUUUGUUAAGUGAUUUAAUAAUAAGAUUGAUAUUUUUACCAUUGUUUACAUCCUUAUCAUUUGUAUCUAUUGGAUGUUCUGUGAAUAUUAUUAAAAGAUCAUGGAAUUCUGUAAUUCCAAUAACUUUAACAUUUAUGGUUGUAUCUUUAUUAAAUUUUAUAUUAAACCCAAUUCAAACAACUAUCUUUACAAUGGUUACAAUUAAACAAUUAAUUCAUAAUGAAAAUAAUCAAAUAUAUGAUAAUUCAAUUAAAAAUAAUUUCUUUGAUUUUAUUAAGACUUAUUUACCUUUAAUCAUUUUAUGUCUAAUGAUUAAUUGUAUCAAUGAAGAAAAUAGAGCUUUAUCAAAUUUCAUGUCUACUACUGAACCUUGGUUUUAUCUAUUAUUAAGCUUAACGAUAUAUUUAAUACUAAUUGUAUUACUACGUUAUACAUAUCCUGUUUUAAAACAUAAAAUUUUAAACUUUGAAGAAGAUAAUAAUAGUACACAAGAGGAAAAAUAUUUGGAAAAUAAAUCAACUAGAAGAAAAGUUAUUAUCUCUUUAAUAUUAGGAACAUUGACAUCUUUGGGAAUAAUGUUGAUUUUAACAAUAUUUUAUGGUGCUUCCACUUUACAAUUGCUGAUGGUCUUUGUAUAUUUAGGUUGUGUUACCAUUUUCUUCUUCUCUUUGAAGGAUAGUUUAAUUGAAUAUUCUCAACGAAUUUCAGAUGAUGAUACCAUCGAUGAACAAGCACAGGUGGCCAUGCUUCAAAUACCAGAUUUCAUGACUUUGAUUAUUGGGUUCAUGUCCAUAUCAUUACAAUACCUUUCAUUUAAUAAAGUAGCCUCUUCAUUUACAAAAGAUUUAUUAACAGUAGGGCUCGUUGUUCUUGCUGAAUAUAUUUCUAGAAUAUCGACUAAAAUAAAAAAUAAUAAACAUGAUUAUCAUCAUCAUACUAAUAAUAAUAAUAGAGGUAGAAUUGUAUCAUCUACACAUAAGGAGCAUCGUGAAUCUCAUGAACAAAAGAAGAGUAUAUUUACACAAAUUGUUUUGAAUAAAGAUACAAGAUCAAUUUUCUCAUUUUUACUACUGAAUACAACUUUUAUGUUUGUUCAACUUUUGUAUUCAUUCCGUUCAAAAUCUCUUGGGUUAUUAUCAGAUUCAUUACAUAUGGCAUUGGAUUGCACAUCUUUAUUUUUAGGUCUAUUAGCUAGUGUCCUAGCUACUCAAAAACCAAGCGAUAAAUUCCCAUUCCAUCUAAAAUACUUAGAGACGUUAGCAGGUUUUACUAAUGGUAUUUUAUUAUUAGGAAUUGUUUGUGGUAUUUUCGUGGAGGCAGCUGGUAGGGUUUUUAAGCCCACUGUCAUUGAAGAGACUAGCGAAUUAUUAGUUGUUGCUGUUCUUGGCUUAUUAGUAAAUUUGGUCGGUCUGGUAGCAUUUGAUCAUACUGGUGAUGGUCAUAACCAUGGAGAUAAUGAUUCCAGUAGUGAGAAUAUGAGAGGUAUCUUUUUACACAUUUUAGCAGACACAUUAGGUUCUGUAGGUGUCAUAGUGUCUACAUUAUUGAUUAAACUAACAAAUCUACAUAUUUUUGAUCCUAUUGCUUCUAUUAUGAUUGCAAGUUUGAUUCUAUUGAGUUCAUUACCAUUAUUAAAAUCUACUACUUUGAAUUUAUUAUUGAAAUUAGAUACAAGAAAACAUAAUAUUGUGAAAAAUGCUUUAAAUCAAAUCACUACAACCCCAGGGAUUACAGGUUAUACAACACCUCGUUUUUGGCCUGUAAAACCAAGUGGUUCAGGUCAUAGUCAUAGUCAUGGAGGUUCUCAAAAUAAAGAGGAUAAUCAUGAACACGAUCAUAACCAUAGCCAUGAGCAUGGACAUGAUCACGCACAUGAACACGCACACGGACAUGAUUCCCAAAGUAGUCAUAACCAUCAUCAUAUGUCUAAAAAUCUUGAUAAGUGUACUCUAGUCGGAUAUAUCCAUAUUCAAUAUGCGGAGGGUGAAAAUUCUACAAUUAUCAAGAAGAGAGUAGAGAAGAUUCUAGAGAAUGAAGGUAUUCAAGCAUGGGUACAAGUCGAGCCCAAAAACUCUACAUGUUGGUGUAGAACAACCUCGAUGAGUAGUAUUGUUAAUCCUAACAUAAAUACUUCAAAAUAA